ACAGUUGCUCGAGGCUACGCCUCGAGCAACGCCUCGAGCAACUCUAGCUUCUUGAGUGCUCUCCAAACUUCCUAAGUAGCGCACGCGGCUGAGAAAGGUUCGUAAAAUCAUUCGCACGGAAAACUUGUACUUUGUCAUUAAAAAGUCCGUGAAAAAGUGGUAUCCUCACAGAUCACUGAAUUGGUCAAUGAUAAACCCUACUUUCCAGAACGUCUUAAUCCUUGAUUGCGGUCAACUGUAGCGCGUUGGAGCCAACAAACGUAAAGAUGUUCAAAGCGAAGCGUGUCUGUGUGAUCGGUGCAGGUCCCAGUGGUAUGUCAGUUCUGUUUCACUUUAAUAAACUGAGAAAACAAGGCAAAGAAAUCCCCGAAAUUGUGUGCUACGACAAGCAGUCGGACUGGGGAGGUCUCUGGAAAUACUCCUGGGAAACUGGUAUCGAUCAGUUUGGCGAACCCGUCCAUGGAAGUAUGUACAAAGGCCUCUGGUCUAAUAGUCCGAAGGAAGUUAAUGAGUUUCCUGACUACACUUUUGAAGAACAUUAUAAAAAGCCAAUUCCAUCUUUUCCACCGAGAGAGGUUCUCUAUGAUUAUCUGAAAGGUCGUUGGACCAAAGGCGAUUUUCGCCAUUUGAUUCAUUUCAACCAUGUCGUCCGCCAAGUGACCUACAAUGAUAACACUGACGACUUUUCAGUUGUUGUCAAAAGCCUUGUCGAGGACAAAGACCUUCCUGUUCAGAAGUUUGACUACCUUAUCGUGGCGACCGGUCACUUUUCUGUGCCGAGCGUUCCCUCUUUUCCAGGGAUUCAAGAGUUUCCUGGCCGCGUGAUGCACUCACACGACUUCCGAAAUGCCUAUCAGUUCCAGGGACAGACGAUCCUUAUAGUUGGCUCCAGCCAUUCCGCUGAGGAUAUCGCUUUGCAAAACCUCAAAUAUGGCGCCAAGAAGAUCAUUUGUUCCUUUAAGACCAGACCGAUGGGCUUCAAGUGGCCCCCUGAGAUCACUGAGAGACCAAUGCUAACCAAUAUCGAAGACAAAACUGUCCACUUCAAGGAUGGUACCACUGCCGAUGUGGACGCCAUCAUUUUGUGCACCGGCUACUACUUCCACUUCCCAUUCCUUGAAGAGCGCCUCCGACUGAAGACCAGGAAUAUCUUGUACCCUGCCGGGAUGUACAAGAAUGUACUGUGGACUGAGGCUGGCAACAACAAGUUUUUCUACAUUGGAAUGCAAAACCAGGUCUACAGCUUCACCAUGUUCGACGCGCAAGCCAAGUGGACCGUGAAUUGUAUCACAGGGGAGCUCAAACUUCCUGACAAGGAAGCUAUGGAGGAGGAUAUAGCGAAAUGGAUCGCAAAAAUGGAUGAAGUGAAGGACUAUCACGGUGCCGUAGACUUUCAGACUGAAUACUUAGUCGAUAUCGCCAAGGAUGCAGAGUACGGAUAUGACCUGGACACCACCCAGCAGUUCUAUGACUGGCAACAACACAAACGUGAGAACAUCCUCACUUACAGAGAUCGAAGCCACGCAAGCAAGUUUACUGGAACCCAGUCCCCAAUUCACCACUCUACAUUUAUGGAAGCCCUAGAUGACUCGAUGGCGACUUUUCUUAACGCAUCUGAGCCCUAGAGUACUACUUGACUGGAAACAAGUUAAGCGACUCUGAAGUGAUUCUUGCACUGGUGUGGUUGUUAAAAGUGCCAAGGACUGUAGAACCAUAGGGAAAAGAUUAUGUUGUAGUAAAAACACGUUUCAUUCCUAAAACAGUUUUUGUUAUCAUGAAUAUACUAAGUUAGUAGGUGUGGGUACUGAUAUCAAAUGUUUUGUUUGAGUAGCGUGCAAAGUCUUAAUCUUUGUCUAUAUCCUCGUUUCAAUAUUACAGCCACAAAACGGAGACAAAACAACUCUUAAGAAUCUGUGUUAAUGGAUAUUUCCCAGUUUCGAGCUUGAAGAUUAAGGUUUGAGAAAAGUAGCAUUAGAUCUCCUACUCUAGCCAUUGAGACGUGGAGGUUAACUUUAAGAACGAUUUUACGAGUUGAUGCGACUUAAACAGUGUUCAAGAAAGUGCAUUAAAACAAACCCAAACCUUCAGUUUUCAGUUUUCCUCGAAGGGGGGU